CCCUUCGGGCGCGUUCGCACGCUCCCUCAGGCAUGAUGCUCAAGAUGCUGCCGUUCAAGCUGCUGCUGGUGGCCGUGGCUCUGUGCUUCUUCGAGGGGGAUGCCAAGUUCGGGGAGAGCGGCGCGCGGAGGAGAAGGUGCCUCAACGGGACCCCGCCGCGGCGGCUGAAGAAGCGCGACCGGCGGCUGCUGUCCCCGGAGGCGCCGGGCGGCGCGGAGGCGAUGUGCCGCGGCCUCUACCCGCGCCUCUCCUGCUGCUCCCGCGCCGACGCGCAGGGGUUGCUGCACGCCGGGGCCAAGAUACUUUCUGUCACGAACAACACAGAAUGUGCGAAGCUACUGGAGGAAAUCAAAUGCGCACACUGCUCACCUCAUGCCCAGAAUCUUUUCCACUCACCUGAGAAAGGGGAAACUUCUGAAAGAGAACUAACUCUUCCCUACUUGUGCAAAGACUAUUGUAAAGAAUUCUAUUAUACUUGCAGAGGUCACUUACCAGGUUUUCUCCAAACUACAGCUGAUGAGUUUUGCUUUUACUAUGCAAGAAAAGAUGGUGGUGUAUGCUUUCCAGAUUUUCCAAGAAAACAAGUGCGAGGGCCAGCUUCUAACUCCCUGGACCACAUGGAGGAAUAUGACAAAGAGGAAGAGAUCAGCAGAAAGCACAAGCACAACUGCUUCUGUAUUCAGGAAGUCAUGAGCGGACUAAGGCAGCCUGUUGGAGCGGUACAUUGUGGGGAUGGAUCUCAUCGCCUCUUUAUUCUUGAGAAAGAAGGAUAUGUGAAGAUUUUCAGUCCUGAAGGAGACAUGAUCAAGGAACCUUUUUUGGAUAUACACAAGCUUGUUCAAAGUGGAAUAAAGGGAGGAGAUGAAAGAGGACUGUUAAGCCUUGCAUUCCAUCCCAAUUACAAGAAAAAUGGAAAGCUGUAUGUGUCUUAUACCACCAACCAAGAACGGUGGGCUAUUGGACCUCAUGAUCACAUCCUUAGGGUGGUAGAAUACACAGUAUCCAGGAAAAAUCCACAACAAGUUGAUAUAAGAACAGCCAGAGUGUUUUUAGAAGUAGCAGAACUACAUCGAAAACAUCUAGGAGGGCAGCUUCUGUUUGGCCCAGAUGGUUUCUUAUACGUUUUCCUUGGAGAUGGCAUGAUUACCCUCGACGAUAUGGAAGAAAUGGAUGGUUUAAGUGAUUUUACAGGUUCUGUAUUACGCCUCGAUGUAAAUACUGACCUGUGCAGUGUCCCUUAUUCCAUACCACGGAGCAACCCACAUUUUAAUAGCACAAACCAACCUCCUGAAAUUUUUGCACACGGACUCCACAAUCCAGGCCGAUGUGCUGUGGAUCACCACCCAGCAGAUGUAAACAUCAAUUUAACAAUACUUUGCUCAGAUUCAAAUGGAAAGAACAGAUCUUCAGCAAGAAUCUUACAGAUAAUAAAGGGUAAAGACUAUGAAAGUGAGCCUUCACUUUUAGAAUUCAAACCAUUCAGCAGUGGAGCGUUGGUCGGUGGAUUUGUCUAUCGAGGUUGCCAGUCUGAAAGGCUCUACGGAAGUUAUGUAUUUGGAGACCGCAAUGGAAAUUUUUUAACGCUGCAACAGAAUCCUGCAACUAAACAGUGGCAAGAGAAACCCCUCUGUCUUGGCAACAGCGGUUCAUGUAGAGGUUUCUUUUCAGGCCCUGUCUUGGGAUUUGGUGAAGAUGAACUAGGCGAGAUUUACAUAUUAUCAAGCAGUAAAAGUAUGACACAGACUCACAAUGGAAAACUCUACAAGAUCAUUGACCCAAAAAGGCCUUUAGUUCCUGAAGAAUGCAAAAGAACAGCUCGGUCGGCACAGAUACUGACAUCUGAAUGCUCAAGGCACUGCCGGAAUGGGCACUGCACACCCACAGGAAAAUGCUGCUGUAAUCAAGGCUGGGAAGGAGAGUUCUGCAGAACUGCAAAGUGUGACCCAGCAUGUCGACAUGGAGGUGUCUGUGUAAGGCCUAAUAAAUGCUUAUGUAAAAAAGGCUAUCUUGGCCCCCAGUGUGAACAAGUGGAUAGAAACAUCCGAAGAGUUACAAGGCCAGGUAUUCUUGAUCAGAUCCUAGACAUGACAUCCUACUUGCUGGAUCUAACCAGCUAUAUUGUAUAGUUUUGGGGACUGUUUGGAAACUACACUUUCAACGGGCAUUUGUUUUGAAUCCUAUCAUUUUUUAAAGACUGUUAUCCUGCAACAAAUACCAGUGAUUUGAUUUACUUUAUUAAUUUAAAUAUAAUAUCCAGAAAUGUGCAGAUAAAUUCAUUGUGUAUGUGUUAAUAUUUCUGUACAUCUCCGUAGAUGUACAGAUACCCAACACAUAUAUGGGCAAGCAGUAUCACAAAUACGGUUUUAAAGCUAGUGGAAUUUUUUUUAUAUGUAUUUCUUCAUGAGAAAUAGUUUACACAGCAAUUCCACUGCAAAACACAUUUUCUUUUAAGGACUUUUCCGAUGUCAUAAUGGAUUCACUGAUAUCCCAGAAACCUUGUGUCUGCAACUGGAUAAUUAUAGCAAUAAGAGAGCAGUUUUGAACCAUCACCAGAUAAACUGCUGGACUUAAUGAAAUCCAGUUGUAAGUUUUUAAGGUGAAAUGAACUACGUUAUGAGACAAUAUUUCAGAACUGCUUUAUGCAUUCCUGUCUAGGCAAUUCAUUGUAAGACUGUAAUCUUCACCUUCAUCAAUGUAACUCUAUUACAGACUGUUACGUAUUUCCUUAUCUAGCAUAGAUGCAAAAAUCUGGUUAUCGCAGCUUGAUAUCAGGAUUGUUUCAUGUGUUUAAUAAUUAAAUUAUACUCACAUAUUUCAAAACCAGUCAUCCUAGAAGGUCUGCUUUCUAUCAUGUAUUUUAUUUAACAAUGGGCACUGGGUUCAUCUUACAUAUUUAUAUUAUUUUAUUUUAUUUUUAUAAUAUAGACAUCACUUAGAUGAGACAGCUUUACCAUGUCCUGUAAAAUACUAAUGUUACAUUUUUCACCAAUUUAAUUGGAAAGAUGGGGAAAGAAAGAGCAAACACACACUUUAAUGUAUUGCGGAUCUGUAUCCUUGUGUCAACUUGUAUUCAUUUACAAUGGAUGAAAAAAAAAAACCCACCAACCAAACAUAUUAAAAUUCCAACAUAUAUUAAAAGUGUUCAUAAAAUGAUUAUCACUAUAACAGGACAGACCAGAUUAUACACAACUAGACUGCUACAGAUUUCAUACUGAAUGGAACUUCACUGGAUGAAAGCUCACAUUAGCAGUUGCUGGCUGUGUAAGAUGUCACUUGUAUAAAACGUAUAACAAUUAUUGCCAAAUAUGGUUUUAAAUGUAAAUGUUUCUUGAAGAGCUAACAUAAAAUUGAUUUUUUGUAAAUGUAUCAAUAAAUAUGGUGUACAUGCUAUAGUCAGGUUUUUGAAAGUAUUAAUAUUUUAAUCAGAUAUAUCUUCCGAAUUGGUGCCCUCUCUGACUCUGGGAAGUUAUUGGCAGUUUCUUUGUUCAUUGUUUGCUGGCUAUUAGAUUUCCUUUGCACUAUCUGGCUUUUAUAAAAUCUUGCACAUAUAAAGAGUAGCAUGGCCACCACCAUGCACACACUAAUGGUUCCUAUAAGCAGCUACUUAUGUCAACAGUUUACAACACUUCAGGCAAUAACAUCUAGCUUACUGUAACUGUAUUGCUCUCCAUUAGCAAAAUUCUCUUUGCAGGACAGUGACAUGUAACAACUUUUCCUUUAUGGAACGUUGUCAGUCUUGAUUUAAUAAACAGUAAAUUUUUAAGCACAUUAAAAAUGUUAUUUGCAUUUAUCUUAAUAAGUAUCCUAGCUAAGAGAAACAGAAAAUUACACUUGCCCUCCAUAUAUGUUUGCUUGAGUUUCAAGUGACCUCAUGCCAAAUGGAAAUUGGUUGAGAAAUCUUGGUUAAGUGCUUAGAGAACAAUAGUCUGCAUUAAAAAGUGCAUGCAUAAUUUUGCACAAUGUAGAUUCAACUGACAGUCCAUUGAAAGACAUCUCAGGAUUAAAUGAGCAUGAAGACCGAAUUGCCCUCUCACCCCAAAAAGGGUGGUCCCUUAUAGUUACACUAACACUUCAUUGGCUAAGCAGUGUGACCAAUCUGAAAAUGAACCCUGCAGUAGCAUCUGUAGGUUAAUAGCAGCUCUUUGUCUCCACUGCUUUCUGCCUUUAGUCUUUUUCCCGAAUUCCAUCACAAAAAGUUUUACAAUUAAAAAUGUCCUGACAACCAUUUUUGUAAAUUGACCUUACCAUCUAAUCUUUCCUUAUUCAACGUGGGUGACAAAAAUGUGAACUUCUCAUGAAUGAGCCAGCUGUCUAAAUCUGUCAGAUAGUGCAGUUUUAUUGCACUCUUCAUAAUCAGUAAAGCCAGAAAGUCGCUGAAAUAUUUUAGCAACUUUUAAGUAUCUGACAGAAACAACAUCUUUAACACUUUCUUUGAUGAGUAUAUUACAAAAUAAAUGCAACUUUAAUUCAUGAUAUUCUCAACAGCCAGCUAGGGAGAUGUGAUAGUUCAAUUCUCUGUUUAAAUUCUAUACACUUAAAAAAAAAACCAAACCUCCACAGAUGGUACCCAAAUUGAAGAUCCCCAGUAAUGUAUAUGCCACAGUCGUGCACACAAAUGGCCAUUAUAUGCCAUAACUGCGAAGUGAAGUGGUAACAAAGGAAAUACAGUCUUAAUAAUAAAGACAAUUCAGUCUACUUGUGGAAUCAGAAAAUUAAACUCCAUUAAAGAUGAAAAAUUAAAUCCAGGUCUCACUCAAACCAGUGGAAAAACAAAACAAAACAAAACAAAACCCCAAACACUCCUAUCAACAGUGCUGAAGCCAGAAAACUACUUUUAAAAUUGAAACAAAUACUUCAGUUUAUUUAAAAAAAAAAAAAAAGUUUGAGUCAAAACUUCAAAACCAAAAAGGAAUCUAUGGGAAGAUUAGGAAGAAAAGAGAAAUAAUCUGUGAAAGGUGUUUUGCUUCAGUUUUAAAUCAUCUUUUGCACCAUGUGAAAGCAGGCGUCUGCAUUAAGCCCACAUGGAUAUGUAGGAAGUCCCAGAGGAAGAGAAAUAUUCUCAAAAAAAGACACAAAAAUCCCAACUGCUUAUUUAUCAAAAGAAAUUAUACUAUUAAAAACAGCAAGGAAAGCCUAGGCCUAGCCACCCAAGAUGCUAAUAUAAAAAGGGCAACUGCAGUAAUUGCCUGAGAAUUGGCAUACAAGAAAAAAAAAGGGGGGGGGGGGGGGAGGAGGUUGUAGAAAGCCUGUUGCCAGCCAGGUCAUUCUACAGCCAUUCUCACACAAUCUCUGCAAGUGUCCAAGAAUAAAACUGAGCUUAUAAAUGAAACUAGAUAAAUGAGGCAAUUAGAUAAGGGCCUGUAGAAAGGAUUUUAUGUAUGUGUUCAAGUUGUCUCUGUCUGCCGCUCCUAAUCUUUUAUUCCAUUCAUUUAUUCCUUUACUGUGAGAUACUGCCCCCUCGGUUCCCAGUACAUUGUACAUUUCGAGCUUUCUUUCAGGCUUACUAUUGUUAAAAGAGAAUAAAUAUACCUGUUGCAAGAAACCUAAUUCUAUUCCUGAUGUAUACUAGUUUUCAACUCUCAUCUUAUUAUUUUAAGAUGGAAAAUCUCUCUGUUUCUAAGAUGCUUCUGAUCAGUAAAAAAGAUAUAUUAUUUGAGUAUUAGAAGUGUCCUUUCUCCAUAGAUAAAUAUUCAGACAGAAAGAAAAAAGAUGUUAUGUUAAAUUAGCUCCAAAUUGCUUUAGUCCCAUUUCAGAAACAAACAAACAAAAAAACAAACAAACAAACAAAAAAACAUUAAGCUCACUUUUCUGAUGCCUCCAGUAAGAAAUAUUAACUCAAAUCUUUCACCUGAAGGAAAUAAAUUUCUUCCAUUAACAAUCAGGGACACAGAUGCAGACCCACUGUACCUUUAAAUCCAAAGAAGUUAUUCUUUUUCAUGCAUCUGAAUUCUAAAUUAGGUAUAAAUAAGAAUAUAAGUCCUAUAUUGGCAACCAUGACAACUCUUUUUAUUCAUCACCUUUCAUUCACUUCUCUGCAUUUUGGCUUUUGCAGUUCAUUCCUCUCUAGAACCACAGCAAACCCCAAUAAUCCCUGGUUGCCGUAGGUGUUGCUUCCUUUCUUUCAAACUGUAUAAUAAUGGAUGCAUCAAAGAGUCUGGCCAGUAGACUGAGAUCUUUAUCUUUCAGUUGCUCCACGUAACUGUCAUCUUAUAGCGACUUCUAAUGCUGUAGCUUAGCUGGACACUGGUCAUUAACUGCAUGUUAUAUUCAGGAGUAAGGGCCUCCAGCCGCUCAGCCUCAGAGGUAGUCAGAAAUGGACUGAUUUCAACCCAGUAAUCAGAUACCUCAAGUAAAAAGCAGAACAAUAUCCCUCAGAUAUUAUGUUGCUUUUCAUGUACAAAUAUACAAAACUGAGACUCCAAAAGCACUUCAGCCCAAGACAUCUUUCACAGGAGUAAUUUUAAAAGGAUAUACUUUACUAAGAAUUUUGCCAAAAAGGCAACCAACAUCUUAAAUUUGUUCUAAUCCAAAUUCACAGUAAAGACCCAAUCACUCUGUGUUUGGGUUACAAAAGGCUGACAAAUAUUUCCAUGGGUAGUUUCAGAUAAAAAUGUUGUAGAAAUACUGAAAAAAAAAAAAAAAAAGUAAUAUCAUUUUGCUAAAAUUUUCCUCGUUUUCAGAAGAGGAGUAAUCCAGUGAAAUAGUACGUACCAUUUAGUGUGUAAGUGUGAAACAGCUGAAGCUACCUGAAAGCUUAGUGCAGGAUUCCUUCAGACUCUGAGGGCCUGACUCACCAACCAUGUCAACUGAAAAUCUCCUAUUGACUUCAAGAAUUAUAGGAUUAAGUCCUUAAAAGAUAUCCACUUAGCUGGCAGAACUUCACUACAGAUGUCACUGCACACAUUAUCUUUCUGUCUGCAUCUGCAGUCAUUAGACUCACUAAGGUUUUCCAGAGUAGGACUGCAGAUUCAGACCUGUCUUUAAGUACAGAACACAUCCGAUCCUGUCGAGUUUCCUUAUAAAUACUGCCAACAGUUACACAAGCGUUCUGUUAUAUCUGCCAGACUUUUCAUACUUCUUUAAAAAUGCUGAGGAGUUAGUUCACAUUUUUUCUCUUUUGCACAUACGUGCUUAUGUCAAAUAUUUAAGCAUAUGCCACUAAGCAGGAAAAUAAUUUAAACAAUAAGUCAACGGUCCCAUUUGAUGAAAUGCACAUAAUAAGGCAGAGCCAAAAAAUGCCCCCACAGAAAGGAUGGCAUGCCAAUUCACAGACAUCAAUGGAAAAGUUCCUGCAGCUGUUCUGAGUCCAGUAUUACAGAGGCUCCAUUCAAUGUAUUAGGCCCAUUUUCAAACCUUUCUUCAUGUCUUAAAUAGGAAUGGUGUAACAUUGCAAUCAAGAAUAUAUCUUGAUCCAACAACAACAAUAAAAAAGUUUCUAUCCUUACUAAUAGCUAAGAAUAGUAAGAUUGAAAGCAAUGAGACUACUCAAAGUACUAAAGUAACAGGUAUCAACAAAUGCAACAAAAUCAACAAGUAUGUAUUCUGUAGGCCCAUGCCAGGCCAAGGGUUUGUCUGCUUGCCUUCAUACGCAUUGACUUCAAUUAACAGUGUGCACUAGGCAUUUAUCAUGCUGUAAAAUACAUGACAGACAAUAAACAAUUUUAGUAUAGCAAUUAAUUCUGCAUAAAUUUACACUGGACAGACUGACUGAUAGGACAGUAUUAUUAAUGCUUAAUGUUGCAUAAGAUAAAUAUUUCAAUUUUACAGCACUGUAUAAACGGUUCAAUGGACACAUCAACCUUUUUCUUUCAGUUCACUCCUGAGUUGUUAAUAACUACUAAUUUGGUCUACAUAUUGGGAAAGGAUUAUCAUGUUAUCGCAUAACUCAACUAAAACUCUCAUAGGCUUCCACGGAAGUUUUUCUUUAUGCUGUACAGUUUGAUUGGAAAGCCAAGUGACACAUCAGCUUACCAGAAGCCCAGGCACUGAACUCAUAAUUCUAGCGAUCAUUUUAUGCUAUGGGAAUUCACAAAAAUUAAUACUUUGUGCAACAUGUAUUUAAUACAUUUCUUUACCUAUUGCGUACUGUAUACACAUCAGCUUCUACCAUUGAAAGUAUCAGAAAUUACUGCUAAGAAUAUGCUCAAACAGCAAGCUGGCUUGUUGCACAAGAGUUUUAUCUCUGUGAUUAAAAAAAAAAACACCUUUCUGUCUGCUAUAUAUGAUCAGUAGGGUCCUACAUGCCUUAUAGUUAAAUUCCUCUUAAAAAUCUGUGAGAUUUUCCCAUUUAUUUUCAUUUUGAAAUGAAAGCGAAAAUGGAAAAAAAAAACUUUCAAUGAAAAAUUGUUUAAAUUCUCAGAAAUUUCAGAAAGAGUGUGCCAGCUGAAGUAUGUGAACGUACGUAGUGGCUGUGUUCACAACAUUCUUGACUGGGAAGAAGACAGAGACAUGGGGCUGUCUGUUUUUUUCUGUCUGUGCACAGGAUGCGUUUUGUUGUAGAAGAAAAAGGUGAUUUGGAUCAUGUCAACUAAAUUCCAUCUUCUGAAUAGAAUUUAUAAGAGUCACUAAAAGAAACACACUCUAGGCAGUUUCACAAUCAGUGUUGUUCAGAAUGGCCUUAAUUCCUUUCAGGUUACACCAAAACCAGAAACCAUCUGGUAUUAGGUCACCACAUGUAUCUUGUAGAGAUCACCACUAAUACCAGAAGCGGUAAUUCUACCCUGUGAAUUAUCCAGCAAUGCUAUUAGCCGCUCCCCACAAAACAUACUACAGAAUGAAAACUUCAAUUCCCUUUGGAGAACAAUUAGAUUUUAAUGGGAGCCAAGCAGGAAAGGAAAAGGAAAUAACAAAAAUCUGUCACUUAAGAACAAAACUGUUGUGAUAUUCCUCCAUUCAAGUAACUUUAUUUUAUAGUAGCCAUCAAGUACUGUGUGUACAUUUGAAAUGUGGGAAAAUAGCUUAGAAAAUAUAAUUCAAACUAUGUUUAUGUUCUAUAAACUGUAUUAUAAUACUAAGCAUAUACAGGCACCAGUCUAGCAGAGCACUGGAGCACACAAAUAAUUUUAAGCAUGUGAACCUCACCAAAGUCAUGUGCUUAACAUUAUUAAUGUAAUUGCUUUCUUGGUUUGAGAACUUACAAGUCGUUGCAAGUCUACCUAUGUAGAUUACAUAUGCUAUGUGUAUUUCUUUUUAGGGAGACAGCAUGGCUGAAGUUCAAAGCAAGAGAAUUCAUUUAUUUUGUGUCACAAAUUCUAGAUAAUCUUAAAUAAUUGCAUUUUUGUGCCUCCAACUUCCAUCUGAAAAGUAGUGAAACCAAUCCUUGUAAAGCGCUUUGAGCUCUUCAAAUGAAAAGUGCUAUAAAAGUACAAAUUAUAAUUAUAUUAUUGAACAUCAUGUAUGUAUACACACUAUUAUGUAAUAUAUAAUAUAUGUAUAAUGCAUAUAAAUUCUAACAAAUGUAUUUGUGUAAUAUCUAAGAAAUUGAACAGUUGUAUCUGGAAGUGAUAAAUGCAUAGAGUUGGAUUUAUUGUUAAUCUGUGGAUUUAAUGAUUUUCUAGACAAAAGGACAUUUAAGUGUAUAAUUGCUUUUCUUAAUUUAAUAUAUUUAUGUAAAUGCAUGCCUGAAGUUCUGGAUAGAUAGUUAUUCUGUGUCCCUUAAGCUAAUAAAAUAUAUUAAACUUUAUCCUAUAAUCUGAA